AUGGCUGUCCUCGACCUUUUGUACGAUGAAGAGCUCUUCCCCAAACACCUUCGCGAAGUCCUCGAGCAUCUCAUGGACACUUCUGACAAGCGGGAGUGUACUCAACAAUGGGUUGAGUGCUUCACGACCACCGCCAAAAUAUUGAGGAAUGGCAAAAUUUCUAAUGGACGGGAUGAAAUUCAAGAAAUGAUCCAAAGAUCAUGGGAUAAUGUCCAAUGGCGAAACCACAAGCCUCGGAAAGUCUAUGUGCUCGGAAAAGGGACUCACGACGUAAUGGUGAAAGGCUCAACCGAGUAUCAAUUCCAAGACGGCCGUUUCCACGAGGGAAAGUGGGGAGCUGAGAUCUCUUUUGUGGAAACGGACGGAGAAUGGAAGAUCCAGGCGUACACCGUGGUGUUUGUGUAA